AUGGUUAAAGACUCAAAAUCCAUCAUAGACAUUCUACAUAAAGUUUUCGAUGUAAACAAAUAUCGUUUAAGAGAAUCGAACCCCCAAGUGCCUCUAAUGUACGGUUUACCGAAAAUUCACAAAACCGGAGAUAAGAUGAGAAAAAUCGUAUCAUGUGUUAAUUCGCCUUUCGAAAAACCGGCGAAAUGGCUUAUGUCUGAAAUGAAAAAGUUUGGCAGAUUUGAAGGUUUUUCAGUCGAGAACUCCUUUGAAUUCAUUGAAAAAGUAAAAGACAUCGAAUUGACAGAGGAUGAAAUUUUAAUUUCGUUUGACGUUACUGCCCUUUUUCCCAGCGUUCCAGUCAAUGUAGCUUUAGAUGCUAUUAAAGAACACCUACAAAAAUCAAAUGUUUCAAUAGAACACACUAAUGCAUAUAUUUUAGCAAUCGAAACAUGCAUGAAAUAUAAUUGUUUUCAAUUUAGAAACACGUAUUAUUCCAACGACUUUGGUUGCAGCAUGGGCAAUAGUCUUUCACCUUAUAUCGCCGAAGCAUUUAUGUGCAAAUUGGAGAGAGAAAUGAAAGAUGAAGAGAUUUUCCCCAGAAUUUGGUGGCGAUAUGUUGACGACACCUUUGCUGUUGUUAAAAAAUCGGAUGUCGAACGUGUUUUAAAUCUAAUAAAUAGUCGUCAUAGUAGCAUCAAAUUUACUUAUGAAUUGGAGAAUGCAUUAGAUCACACAUUAUCUUUUCUGGAUUUAAAAAUAAAACGUUUUGGUAGUAAAAUUCAAUUUGAUGUUUACAGAAAACCAACUACCACUGACAGAUACAUAACACACGAUUCAUAUUGUUCUUAUCAAAACAAAAUAGCAUCAUUCAAUUCGAUGAUUUAUCGUAUGUGUCGAUUACCUCUUUCUGUGGCUGAUUAUAAAAACGAAUACGAGCAUAUUCUACACUUAGCUCAAGUCAACGGUUAUAAAAAGUCUCUCAUCGACCAAUUGAUUAAAAAGCAUACCCAAAGAAUCAAGAAGAAGAAUUGCUCUACUCUUUUCUCCCAAAAUGCAGAGAACAUCAACACUGAUCGUCGUGUCGCACUUCCUUUCGUGCCAAAAAUCUGUAAUCAACUUAAACACACUUUCAGUAAAGCUAAUUUGACUAUCGUAAAUUCCAACAAAAACAAACUCAGCUCUUCUCUUGGUUCUUCCAAAGACGCCAAACCAAUGAACAAAAAGAGCGGAAUUUAUGAAAUCAAUUGUUCCACCUGUAGCAGCAAAUACAUCGGACAGACAAAGCGCGCUGUUGAGUGUCGUAUAGCUGAACAUCAAAGGUACAUCAACAACAAAGACAUUCAAAAAGCAGUUGCAGCUCAUGCAUUUGAUUUGACCCACACUGAACCUCAUAACAUGACACCUCUCCUCGACAACUACAAGCUAAUAAAGAGUGUACCCCUUCCAUCGAAAUUAGACGCAUAUGAAUCAAUUUACAUGAGCAUCACCGAGAAUUUGAUGAAUAUAGAAGAAAGUCCAAUAACUUCUAACUUAUUUGCUCUUGCUAAAUAA